AUGCGAUAUGUAACUAGAAGGAAAUCACCACCAAAACCAACAUCACCUUCAGCUUUACAUUCUAGUGCAGAUGCAUCAAAACCGCAACCCUUCCAACUUCUAAUAAUGAUCAAAAAUCCGGAUAUCCCACAUAAUCAUCAAAAAGAAGCUGAACCAAGUCGGCAGGCUAUGAAAAUGCCUCAAAACAACAGCAAGAAGUCCUCUUCUAAUAAUAACGGAAAGCCAAAAAGAAAUUCCGUUGCAAUCAAUAAUCUCGUCGAUGUUGACCAACGGCCUCAAAAUCGAGGUCAUGUGACUCAUGGCCGUCAUUUGAAAAAACCCCCAACAUUGGUUGAAUCUGAGAUAAGUGGGUUUUGA